AUGUCCGACCACACAUACAACUUCAACAUCACCAUGACUUGCGGCGGCUGCUCCGGCGCAGUCGAGCGUGUCCUCAAGAAGCUCGACGUCAUCACCGAACCCACCCUCGACUACACCACUGUGCUAGAGAAGAUCAAGAAGACUGGCAAGAAGGUCAACUCAGCCGAGGCCGACGGUCAACCUCAGGCUGUCUAG